UAAUUAAAAAUCGAAUCAAAGCACAUUCAAACAACAGCUUAACCUCAGACUCUCUCGUCCUGAAAAGCUUGUUCACUCAAAGUUUAUUGAAACCAUUAUAUAUUUUUUUGAAUUGCGCAAUUUAGUCUGUUUACGAAAAAGCAAGAAAGAGAUCACGGCAGGUUUUUAGUCAACAAAGCAUGAAAGUUGGGACGAGUGUGAGCUAUAAUGACAGCGAACCUAUCAGGUCAGUGUAAAAAAACAAGAUAUCCGUAUCAUUGAGCUCCAAUAGUUUUCCGAUAAGGUGUGAACGGGCCCUUUGUCUACAGCAAAGUCGGUGGGGUUACCCUUUGUUGGAAAGUGGUUUCCGGCUAGCUGUAUCAGUGCAUUCAUCAGAAUAUUUGCUCACACCAGGCCGUUGAAACGAGCUGGUCGACGUGGUACCAGACAGAGGUGUAUAAGUGCUUAUACAAUAAACAGGUUACUUGAUUCAUAACAGUCUACCACAAACAUAACUAUUCAAAUCAGGAGAGCAGUCGUCAAAGAUGUAGCUACGCGUAAUUAAACAUGAAAACAUCAUCCUUGGAAGUAAUGAAGGCAGUUUUGAAAACAUUGCAUCGCUGUGUUUGCAACAUUGUAUGGUCGCGAUUAUUUAGGUUCUGGAUUCUAUUGCUUGUCUUUAUCAAUGUUUUCCACGCAACGGCAUCCUCGACGGAGAAACUUCGGAACCUGACUAAAGGUUAUGACAAGAGGUCAAGACCUUUCUCUAAAGGUGGCCCUACUAACGUCUCUGUUCAGAUCGCAAUGAUUGCAUUGGGACCAAUCAGUGAAAAAACAUUGACAAUGAAAAGCGAUGUAUUUAUAAGGCAAUGGUGGGUCGAUGAAAGACUUGAAACUGGAAAGGAUCAACUGAAUUUUGCUAUAGAUCCAACGGAGUUUUUCUGGGUGCCGGACACGUUCGUCUCAAAUGCAAGGAAAACAGAAAGCCACCAAAUGUUCACACAAAGUGUCAAAACACAGAUAGGCCCUUAUGGCCGAGUUUAUGCAAGCAAAAGGUUCACAAUAAAUUGUCAUUGUAAAAUGAACUUGAAGAUAUUUCCCCACGACAUUCAGGAAUGCUCCAUCGAUAUAGAAAGUUAUGCCUUUAGUGGAAAAGAAAUAUCAUUGUUUUGGAAGGAUCCUAAUUUUCCCAUUGAUGCUUCGCCAAAAGACCUUGCUACGUCUGGGUACGAAGUUUUGUCAAUCAAAGGAAAACUUGAUGUUAUGUAUUAUCUAAAAGUGCCAUUUCCAAAACUGAGAGCGGUGAUUCGAAUGAAGAGGUCCUUCCCUUAUUUCCUUUACCAUGUAUACAUUCCUGGAGCACUUCUUGUUGGUUUGUCAUUCACGACGUUUUUUAUCCCGCCAACUGCAGUUCCAGCCAGAGUUACCUUGAUUGUUACCAAUUUCUUGUCGACCAUGUUCAUCUUUGGUAGUACAAGCUCGUUAAUUCCAAAGGAGCCCUACAUUACAGCAAUGGAAAUUUAUUCACUAGUCAACAUCGUUUUCAUUAUCAUGGUGAUGUUCGAGUACAUACUUGUACUGAAAAUUAAAUCGCUAAAAGGCAAAAAAUUGCCUAAUCCAGCCACUCUAUUUCGAAAAAAGGAUGAGAUAGAAAUGCAGCAGCGACAUUUAAACGGUAAUGAUGCAGAACUUCUUCCCGUACGGUCUCAGAAACCCCCUGGCGGCAAUAUCUUGGACACGUUUGCAAAAGUUCUUUUUCCAUUGUCAUACAUUUUAUUUUUGAUAGUUUACUUCGUUUCCUGUACCACAAAUGAAUAGCCAAAUUUAUGUUUUGAACCCAUGAUAGAGCAUUUGCCAAGUGUGAUGAAAAUUUCCUUUGUAGUUACGUUAAACGUGUAGCUCUAUGUUUCCCUAAAUACAAAUUGGGUCUACGCCCUCUGUUAAACGCCAAAAAUUGGCACUUUGUUACUGGUUUAUAUUUUGCUAAAAAAUUGUUAUUUUAUUGUUGAUCUUAGU